GUUUCUGUAUAUCCUGGAAGUUUCAGAGAGACACCCGCAGACUCAUGUGCUUUUAAUCCAUAGCACUGCUGCUACUUGGUCUCUUUCGUAUAUAGAUAUGCUUGGAUAGUUCAAGACUUCAAGCUACUUUCUUUUUUCGUGAAGCUACUUUCUUUUUCGUGAUCUAAGCACUUCACUGUUUUAGAGAGAGAGAGAGAGAGAGAGGCGGGAGGAGGAGAAGAAGAAGAGUCAUAGAUGACAUCCACUACCUCACAGGCCGUGGUGAACCAGCAAGGCUUGUUUGAUCAGAACCAAGAUCAGGCUCCUAUACAGAUGGGUUUGUUUUCUUACCCACCAGAUAACUUGACCUUUUCUUCGCUGGGAUGCCAACAAUCUCUCAAAGCAUUGAGUUCCUUACCUUCUUCACUUGGUUCUGAUUAUCACCAUGCACCUUCAACCAAUCUUUCUGAAACCCUAAUCCCAUCUCUUAAUACUCCUCUAAAGCAUAGAGAGGCUCAUAUCACUUCUGAAUUCGGAGGAUCCCAGCUCCUUUCUUUGCAAAGAUCUAGUGCAAAUCUCUGGGCAUGGGGGGAUCAGGUGAGUGAAUGCCUGAACAGCAAGAGAUCAUCAAACGAUAUCAACGAUCAUCAUCAUGUAGGGCUAGGGGUUUCAGCGUUGAAGAUGAAGAAGAUAAAGGCGAUUAGGAGGAAAGUGAGGGAGCCCAGGUUUUGCUUCAAGACAAUGAGCGAAGUUGAUGUGCUUGAUGAUGGUUACAAGUGGAGGAAGUACGGACAGAAAGUGGUAAAGAACACACAGCAUCCCAGGAGCUAUUAUCGUUGCACCAUGGACAACUGCCGUGUAAAGAAACGAGUAGAAAGAUUAGCUGAGGAUCCGAGGAUGGUGAUUACAACAUACGAAGGGAGACAUGGACAUUCUCCAUCUCAUGAUCUCGAAGAUUCAGAAUCCCCAUCUCACCUAAAUAACUUCUUCUGGUAGACUCAAGUUAAUGCAUGUAUGUGUGAAAUAUUACGUGUCAGUUGAGCUAAUGAAUUUGUGAAGACGUACAUGUGAUCAACGUUGAGCAUUAGGUUUGGCCUGCGCUUUGGUUUUGUGUUUAUUGGCAGUAUCGGAGAUUGAGGAUAAUAACGGUAGAUGGAUAUGGUGCUCCGAUGCCCCUUUUAGUUGGGACUCCAGUCUCCGACCCCUACUGCUGUUUUCGUAAUGAAUAAAAUAAAAUGUAAUUUUGCGCAUGUAUUGGUUGCACUACUGGAGUUUAAACUUGCAGUACAACAUUGUA